AUGAAGAACAAAGCAUCGGUUUCUAGGUUACAGAUCGAAAAACACGUCUCCUUGCUCGCCUACGCCGGCACCUGCGUGGUUUUAAUCAAUCCUGAACCAAAGGCACGAAGAAUCAACAGGGUGAUUCUGUCAGAGCUUCUCAAGGUGCAUGGUGCAACAUCCCUCGCCCACAAGAUACCUGCCUAUGAUGGAAGCAAGAGCCUGUACACAGCAGGCGAGCUGCCCUUCAAAUCAAUGGAGUUUGUUCUCAAGUUAGGGCGCCGGGAAAUUGAGUACAAGGUGACAAUCCGAUAUGCGGCACGGCCAAACCUGUACCAUCUUCAGCAAUUCCUCGAGGGUCAGCAAAGGGACGCGCCAUAUGACACAAUCCAGGCACUGGAUGUUGCCCUAAGAGAGUCACCUUCUCUCAAUUAUGUCACUCUUUCUCGUUCCUUCUUCUCCAAGAAGUUUGGUGAUGGGGAGGACAUUGGUGGUGGGCUAGAGUGCUGGAGAGGAUAUUACCAGAGCUUGCGCCUAACUCAAAUGGGUCCCUCCUUGAACAUUGGAAAAAGAAGCAUCUACAAGAUAACUGGGAUUACCCCUGUUCCAUUGGCUCAGCUGAGCUUUUCUUGUAACGAAGGCCCUCAGUUGACUGUUGUCCAGUACUUUGCACAACAGUACAAUUACCGGUUGCGCUACACUGCUUGGCCCUGCCUGCAGUCUGGCAAUGAUUCUAAGCCGAUAUAUUUACCAAUGGAGGUGUGCCAAAUCAUUGAAGGGCAGAGGUAUCCUAGGAAGCUCAGCGACACACAGGUGGCCAGCAUACUGAAGGCAACCUGUAAACGUCCUCAGGAGAGGGAGGAUAGCAUUAUUAAGAUGGUUCGCCACAACAACUAUUCAGCUGAUAGGAUGGCACAGGUGUUUGGGAUCACUGUGGCCAACCAGAUGGCUAAUGUGCAAGCCCGUGUUCUGCCCCCACCUAUGCUGAAAUACCAUGAAUCUGGAAAGGAGAAAACCGUUGCACCAAGCUUGGGGCAAUGGAAUAUGAUUAACAAGAAAAUGGUCAAUGGUGGAACCGUUCGCAGCUGGACUUGUUUGAGCUUUUCGCGGAUUCCGCUUCAUGUAGUAGACAGAAUAUGCGAGGACCUGGCUCAGAUGUGCAAUUCCAUUGGCAUGGAUUUCAAUCCAAGGCCAGUGACAGAAGUUCAGUCAGACUCGCCCAACCACAUAGAAGCUGCUUUAAGGGAUGUUCACAUGAGGGCUCCGAAUUUGCAGCUGCUUAUUGUGAUUCUUCCAGAUAUUUCUGGUCAUUAUGGGAAAAUUAAGAGGAUGUGCGAGACUGACCUUGGUAUAGUAUCUCAGUGCAUCAAUCCGAAGAAGAAUAAAACAAACAGUAUUUUGAAAAUGUCGCCCUUAAAAUCAAUGUGGUUGCAUCCAUGGACUGGCCACAGGUCACAACAUAUAAAGCACUGGUCUCGGGCACAAGCACAUAGGGAAGAGAUUAUACAAAAUCUCUUCUGGACUGGUACAGAUCCACAGAAGGGCACUCCAGUGAACGGUGGAAUGAUAAGAGAGUUGCUGACUUCAUUCUAUAAGAGGACUGGCCGGAAGCCCCAAAGGAUUAUAUUUUACAGGGAUGGUGAAGGCCUGUGCCUCUAUGCAAGAUGGGUAUCUACCCCCAGUGACAUUUGUGGUGGUACAGAAAAGGCACCACACAAGGCUUUUCCUGAAGUUCAUGGAAGGAGAGAUCUUACUGACAAAAGUGGAAACAUUCUUCCUGGAACUGUGGUUGAUACCAGCAUUUGUCAUCCCAGCGAGUUUGAUUUCUACCUUUGUAGCCAUGCUGGAAUUAAGGGAACAAGCAGGCCAACACACUAUCAUGUCCUCUACGAUGAGAACCAUUUCUCGGCUGAUGCGCUGCAGAUGCUCACAAACAGCCUGUGCUACACAUACGCACGCUGCACGCGCGCUGUCUCUGUUGUUCCACCAGCCUACUACGCUCACCUGGCAGCAUUCCGCGCGAGGUACUACUACGACGAGCAAGAUAGCACCGAUGGAACCUCAGUUGUCAGUGGCGGUGCCGCCGCAGCCGGCGGUGGUCCAGCUGCAUUCCGCAGGCUCCCCCAGAUCAAGGAGAAUGUGAAGGAAGUGAUGUUCUUCUGCUGA